GCGAAAAGAAGAACUAGUUAACCCAAAGAUGUAAUUAAAUUACCGCCAAAUACAAUUUAUUUUUAUAAUGGAUGAAAUAAGGCUACAAAAAAGAAAAAUUAAAGCUCAAAAUGAAGGCAACAAUCGACUUUUGGUUGCUAUUUACGCCGAACUUUCCGAAUUAUACAUGAAAAGCGGGCAGUUUGAAAGAGCCGUCGAGGAAUUCAAAGCUCUUGCUGAAAUAUAUAAAUUAGAACAUAAUCAAAUUGAAUAUGCCAAAGCAAAUCGAGGCAUUGGGGAAGCUUAUUUGGGACUUAACAAUUAUACAAAAGCACUGGAACAUCAAAAGAUUUAUCUUAAUAUUGCAAUCAUGGAAAAAAAUAAUCCCGAAAUUCAAAGAGCUUAUGCUACUAUUGGUCAUAUUUAUUUAACAAUACACUUAGAAACGCCGACUGAUUCAAAAGAAAAUUUAAAUGCAGCUUUCAAAUAUUUUAUGAAAAGUAUGAGGGUAUGUGAAAGUUUAACUGGUAUAAGUAAAGUUGAAAAAGCAGAUAUGCAAGCAAGGUUAUUUUCAAAUCUGGGAUUAGUUAAAGAUAGUCAGGGUGAUUUUAAUAAAGCCAUAGAAUUAUUUACCACUUCAAUUAACGUCUGCAAGAACAAUGAUAUUUACGAACAAAUGAGUCGGGGUUAUAUGUCUUUAGCGGCUUUAUAUGAAAAACAAAAUGACAGUGGCAAAUCGAUGCAUCACUAUAAUUUAGCAAUAGAAGCUGCAAAGAAAACAAAAAGUAAUGUAGAUUUAAUGAGUGGUGUGCUCUUCGCAAAAUCCGAAGCACUGAUUAAACUAGGCGACUUUUAUGGGGCAAAGAAAAGUUUAUACAAAGCAUACAAGCUGAAUACUCCUAACAUUCAAGAGAGAAAACUCAUUGAAAAAUAUUUAAGAGCAGUGGCAACAAUGUGUAAAACGGAAGAUAAACUGGCGGUGGAAAGUAAUGAUAAUAGAGAAUUGAAAAAACUUUAUGAAAAAAUGGGCGACUGUGCGUGCGACGUUAAAAAUUAUUCAAAAGCUUUAGAGUAUUAUAAAUUGAUGUUGAAUUAUGCCGAGAAAUCUGGAAUCAGCGGUAGGGAGCUGGCUAUUUGUUAUAAUACUUUAGCACAAACAUAUGAAGAUAAUAAGAUGUAUGAAGAAGCCAUUCAACAUUUUGAGAAAGAAUACAAUCUUCGGGAUAAUAUAAAAGACUGCCUCGAUGCUUUGAGUAAGAUAGCCGAUAAUAAGGAAUCUGCUAAUCGAUCUGCGAAUGAAGUGCUAUUAGUUUACAAUAGGGCUAUAGAACACUGUCAAGAAAAUUGCAACUUGAAAGAAGAAAGACGGAUGAUCACGAGAUGUAUCCAGUAUUUACAGCGUAUUCAUAAUGAAACGGAAGCUUACAAAUACGAACAGAAAUUGAAGGGUUUAAAAAUUCCUGAUUACGAAAGUGAUUCAUCAUCGUCUGAUAAUGAAAGCGAUAUUUCAAUUUCAAAUACUUCUAAAGAAAAUUAUGUAGAACUUGAUGAUAUUACAGAUUCAGAUAAAUCUGAUUCGGAUCUACAAACGACAAUCAAUCCAACUAACAUACAUAUCGGUAAAAGGAGAUCUAAAAACUUUGCGGUAAAAAAGAACGCGAAAGGAGAAUCGCAAUUACACGUUGCUUGUAUUAAUGGAAAAAUUCCAGUCGUCAAGCAUCUCCUGGAACAAGGUCAUCCUGUGAAUAUACGUGACAAUACCGGCUGGUUACCGAUACACGAAGCUUGCAAUCAUGGUUAUUAUGAAAUAGUUGAGCUGUUAUUAGAUAAGGGGGCCGCGAUAAAUGAUAGAGGGGGCGUCAAAUGUGAAGGUAUUACUCCAAUUUUUGAUGCUGCAAAUAACGGUCACCUAAAAAUUGUCGAAUUGCUUUUGGACCGUGGUGCAUCUGUUACCAUCAAAGCUGAUAACGGUGAUACUACUUUAAAUGUGUUGAAACUCUAUCACCAAAAGUAUCCCUUUACCGACGAUGAUUAUGAUCUUUACCAAAAGUUGGUGAAACGAAUUUCAGAAGCUUUAAGAAAAGUAGGUCAUAAUGUUGAAGACAAGAUUAUUGUGCAUAAAACUAUCGAAGAUUCAGAAGAAUAUAAUUUACCAGAUGAUAUACUCUCAGAUAAAUCUGAUGAAGAAAAUGAUUCCGAUCAUGAUUCAAACAGUAGUUCAGGCGAUCGUUUCCAAAGAGAAUCAUCUCCGAAUCUGUUGAAUGAAUAUCAACAAGUUAUAAAAAGUCUAGGUACAAAAUCUACUAGCAAGAAGUCCGUAGAAAUAAAAUCUAGUAUGGAAAAAAAAUCCGCUCUGAUACGCGAACGUGAUUUGUUAUACGACGAUUGGUUGGAAGAUGAUUUACAACUUUCUAAGGCUAUAAAAAAGAGAAAAACGACUUCAACAGAAUCUAUAAUUACCUCUUCGGCUAAAAGGAAUAAUUAUAGCCACGUAUCACCUGUGAAGAGAUCGAGUGAUGAAAUUCGAUCAAGGCCUACGAAAAGUCCAACAGCACCUAGUCCAUCUAAAAGAAGAUUUACAAUUGAUAAUACGCAGAUGAGUGUAAAGAGAAAAGUCCAAGUUUCAUUACUCGAUACAGGAGUCAAUAAGACUUCAAUCGGUUCUAGAAAUAAACCGAACACCACAUUCCAAAGACACAGCAGCUUGGAACAAUCUUCGAAACAGUCGAAAAUAACCGCUUUCGGAAACAGUAAAAGUUUUGCUGAAAUUGAAUCUACUGUUAACGUCUCACCGAACGUUCAGAGUCUUUCAAAUGUACCUGUUAUUUCUACUGGGGAUUUAAUGGUAUAUGUCGAUGUGAAAAUAGAAGGAAAAGUUUUUAGGGUUCCCGUUUUACUCGGUCAGAUUCAAGACAAUACCAUUGGUUGGUUGGCUGAUCAGGCAGCUCAGAAAUAUGCAAGAAAGGAAUGCUCAAAACCUUGUUUGGAAUUAGAAACAGCAAGUGGAGCUUUGCUGUGUGAUGAGGAUCCUCUGAGUUUGCUGUUUCCAUUAGGUACAACGCAAGCAGAACCGGUGGUUGGCAGGAUCAUAAAACUGUACGCAACUCCUUUGGUUGAAAGAUAUAAAGAAGUUUGUUCGCAUAUGAGAGAAGAUGUCAAUGAUAGCCUGGCUAAAUUAUUAGAAGAGGUUUCAGUGAAACUGAAUAUACAAAACCGAGGAUUUUCUACAACUCUAUCCCCCCUUUGUAAAGCCUUAAACCAUCAAACGACUUUAUUAGAUUUAAAUUUAUCAGGAAAUUUUCUCGACGUUAGUUGCAUGGCCAUUUUAUGUGCAAGUCUUCCUUCUUUAGUAAACCUUACUUCGUUAAAUCUUCGAUGUACUGGUUUAACCAGUAAUCACUUGAACGAAAUAGUUAAAAUGUUUUCGAUGGCCUCGGGGAGGAUUUUAGAAAAACUAAAGCACUUAGAUCUUAGUAAUAAUUACUUGAGAAACAAAAGCUUCUAUCAUUUGAGUGAAAUAACGAAACAUUUAAAAUUGGAACAAUUAAAUAUUGGAAAUGUGGAAUUUACCAGCGGAUUAUUCAAAGAAAUCGAAAAUGCCAACUCAAAUUUAAAUCUGAGAGAUAUUCGUAAUUUAAAUAUGUGUUAUAAUAAGUUGAGUUCAUCUGAUAUUGAAAAAUUUCUUUCCUGGACUACAUUUGGCAAUAUAGUCGAAUUGAAUUUAUCUGGAAAUUGUUUAAAUAAUAUAAAAGUAGAACGAUGGAAUGAUACAUUUAAUGAAAACAACCUUUUCAUUUCAUUGGAAUGUUUAAAUUUAUCAAGAAGUAAAUUGCAAGAUAAUGACUUAUAUGAACUACUUAGGUUGUGUUCAGGAAAAUCUUUAGUAAAUAUAAAUCUUUCUUACAAUACUGAUCUUACUGGGAUAUCAUUGAGACGGUUGAUAGAAAAUCCUACAUUAGAAGAAAUAAAUCUUAUCGGCUGUAAUCGAAUAUUUGAAUACUUUCCAGAGUCUUUGGAUACAGAAGAAGCCCUUGGGAAAAGAAACAUUAAACUAACAGCCGAUUUUAAUAAUGAGGAAAAACAAGUUGAAAAAUUAAUACAAUACUUUGAAAAAAUUUAUAUCCAACCAAUUGUCGAAAAAGGUAGAAAUUUGUUGUCAAUUUAUUCAAAAUCGAAGGAAUUGUGAUAUUUUCAAGUUAUUAUUAAAAAUAUAUUUUCUUUACUUACA